AGAUUUUGCUCCAUGGGGGACUGAUUCUUCUCUUGAACUGGCAUUCUCAAAACUAUCUAUGGGCCAACCAGGAUCCGAGCUAAUGGCUCCACCGCUGAUGCGGAAUAACCAUGGCACACCUGCAAUGGGAGUACCAUCUCUGCGCCAACCUAGAUCAGCACAACUCACCCCACAGAGGCUGAUGCAGGAUGGAGAAGUGCUGCCCACAUUAGAUAUCAAAGGAAAAGGACCUACAUCAGAAGUAUUCGAGCAAAAAGUGCGGGUCCAUGUCGCUAGUUUGAUUGCAGAAGAUGGCACUACAGGUGCUGCAGGGUUGUUGAUUAAGAAGGGAGCCUGGCAAUUCAUCUGCGCGUCAUGUUUCCCGAUGCAGGUCACGGGACCAGUUCUUUUAGCAGCUGCUUGCUGUGAAGGGAUCAAAAUCGCUCGGGCCUAUCAACCAACUUCUAUUGUGCUGGAGUCCCAUCUAUUCCAACUGCUCGACCCUCUAGCCAGUGCUCAUGCUCCAUGCCCACAGAUGGAAGAGUUGAUGAAAUUGCUGGAUCCCUCACGUUGCACAGUGGAAGCCAUUACCGAAGAAAGCAAUGGAGCUGCUCGUCAACUCGCCAUGCAUUCUUUGGUGACGGGGGUGGCCGAGAUAUUCUUCGGUGUUCCACCGGAUUGGCUUGUGCUUACUUAGCUGGUUGCCAAGAGCAGUAAUGUUAGUUACUCUGUUGCGAAACAAACGGCAAAUGGAUAGUUGGUAAAUGGCAAAUACAGGUUUCAGGUUAGAGUUUAUAUACAGACAAAUGCGAGCAUUCAUCAAGUGUAGAUACAGGUAGAUAGCAUUCUUUCAGUACCCACAUUGGAAAAAGCAAUUGAACAGGUAGUUGUACCCACGUGGUACUUUUGUUAUGAAUUGCAUACCGACUAUCUUCUAAGUGAAUUGUAUAACUAGUU